AUGCCCAUCUUGAACCCGCGUAUAAGACGGCAUCUCGUUAGAAUUUUUAUUUUUAUUCUAUUUCUUUUUGUUCUCGAUGCAUCCUUCCUCCACUAUCGAUCCUCCCCAUCCAAGGAUCCGGCACUAAGGAGCCAGAGUGCCCAAGCGUACACAGCCACAAAACAGACACCUCAGUCCCAGCGUAUAUUCAUUGCUAGCACCCACUGGAAUAACGAGAUCGUGCUUCGGUCUCACUGGAAUGCAGCCGUCAUUCAACUGGCCGCCUCUUUGGGACCAGAGAAUGUCUACGUGUCAAUUGUGGAGAGCGGGAGUUACGACAACACCAAAGGUGCUCUGUUGGAACUAGAUUACUAUCUUGGACAAUUGAAGAUUAAUCGAACCAUCAGUCUAAGUGAGGCAACACAUCAAGAUGCAAUCAUGCGCGAGCCAGAGGAAGGAGAGAAAGGGUGGAUUGAGACGCCGAGAGGACGCAAAGAGUUGAGAAGGAUACCAUUUUUAUCUCGGGAAAGAAACGAGAGUUUGAAACCACUUGCCCUGUUAGAGAGGGAGAUUGGCUUAAGAUUCGAUAAAAUAUUAUUUUUGAAUGAUAUUAAUGACGAUUUCUUCACUCUUCUCGACACAAAUCAGGGCUCGUAUGCAGCAGCGUGUGCACUAGAUUUUUCUAAGCCGCCUGCAUUUUACGAUACUUUUGCCCUUCGAGAUAGCGAAGGUCACGAGGCUAUGAUGCAGACAUGGCCGUAUUUUCGAGCGGACGAGUCUCGUCAUGCACUAGAGCGCGGGGACAUAGUCCCUGUAAAAAGCUGUUGGAACAGCAUGGUAAUAAUGGAUGCAACUCCAUUCUACGACACGGUAUCCCCGCUUCGCUUCCGGGGAAUUUCCGACAGUCUAGCUAUGCAGCACCUUGAAGGGUCUGAAUGCUGCCUCAUCCAUGCCGAUAAUCCAUUGUCAGGCAAAAAGGGAGUGUGGCUGAACCCUAAUGUCCGGGUUGCCUACAACGGCAAAGCCUAUGAUACUGUCCACCCAGCAAAUGAAAGGGAAUGGAUAACGAGCUGGCAAAAACUAAUUGGAAGAUGGGAAAGCCGAAUACGGCGAUGGGUGACGUCCGAUGUGGUGAAGUUCCGAACAGUUUUCCAUCGUUUACGGAACUGGCAAAAAGAAAAGCCCGGUGAGAAGAGGGUCGAGGCAGGAGAUUUCUGCCUGAUCGAUGAGAUGCACAUUAUAGUUUCCAUUGGAUGGGCACAUGUAUAA